ACAUCCAAUUACUUUUGCUUGUUCGGAAUAUUGCAUCUGCGUGACGUUUCCUGGCCGGAGUUAAAGGGUGAAACCCAAAGGAGGAAGAGACCGUGAGUUAGCAUUAGCAGCAUUUGGGCAGGGAUUCCCCGGUUAGCCAGUCAACCAGUUUCCUGACAGGGAAAGGGGUUUAGUGCGAAUUGUGAGUUUAGUCAUCUACUGCCAUUUGAAGUACCGCUUCAUUAUUUUGUGAAAGAUGGAUCUGAAAUGCAUUUUGUCACAAAUGGAAAUGGACAAUGAGGAAGAAACCUCCCGGCUUCUCCAGCAGUACAACCGAGAGAAUAAUCGCACUUUCACAUUUGAACAGAAGGAAGAGGAGAAUAGAGUUAGGCUGUGCCAGUCCCUGCUGAGGGUUCUGGGGACGGCGGUGGGACGGGCCUGCCAGCGCACCUGCCUGGAGACGCUGCGCAUCCUGUCCCGGGACCGGCGGGUGCUGGGGCCCGUGGGCACCCGGGAGGGGGUGCUGCUGCUGGCGCGGCUGGCGGGCCUGCCCACCGCCCACGGGGAGGUGCUGGCCGAGAUGGGGGCGGAGCAGGAGGAGGAGCGGGAGGAGGAGCAGGAGCGCGUGGCGGUGGAGGCGCUGAAGUGCCUGUGCAACGUGGUGUUCAACAGCGCGGCGGCGCAGCAGGCGGGGGCGGACGUGCGGCUGGCGGGGGGGCUCUGCGCCAGGCUGAGGGCCGACCGCGCCCCCCCCCACGAGGUGCGCCUCUUCUCCCUGCGCCUCCUCUUCCUGCUGUCGGCCCUGCGCGCGGACGUGCGCGCCUCCCUGCGUGACGAGCUGCGUGCCCUCGGCCUGCUCACACAGGUGCUGGAGCGCGCCCUGGACGUGCGCUGGGCGGGGCCCUACGAGGCUUCCGCCCCUGACCCACAGGCCCCGCCCAUCCCCGCGGAGGCCAGCGAGCGCGCCAUGGAAGCGCUCAAGGCCCUGUUCAACCUGACUCUGUCUGACACCACGGUGGAGGAUGGCGCUCACCAGCUCCGCCUCAUCUCUGCCAUCAUGCGCCACCUCCUGCUGCUCAGGGCUCAGACAGAGGAGAAAACAGAGGAGGCACACAGCCACGCUGUGAAUCUCCUGAGCAACCUGCCGGUGUCCUGCCUGGACGUGCUGAUUGACACGCCCGUGCGGGGGGGCCUCCCCGAGUAUGGGGGGAGGAACAUGGAGGCCGUGCAGGUGCUGCUGGACUUCAUGGAGAAGAGGAUAGACAAGCAGGCGACAAACUAUAAGGAGGGGCUGACGCCUGUGCUCACCCUGCUGACUGAGGGGUCCCGGCACCACCGCGACAUCCGGAGGUACAUAAAGGCACAGGUCCUCCCCCCUCUGAAGGACGUGACCAACCGGCCGGAAGUGGGCACCACCGUGCGCAACAAGCUGGUGCGGCUCAUGACCCACGUGGACAUGGGCGUGAAGCAGAGCGCCGCCGAGUUCCUGUUCGUCCUGUGCAAGGAGAGCGUGGACAACCUGCUGAAGUACACGGGCUACGGCAACGCCGCGGGGCUGCUGGUGGCGCGCGGGCUGCUGGCCGGUGGCCGUGGCGACACCGAGUAUUCCGAGGACGAGGACUCCGACACCGAGGAGUACAAAGAGGCCAAACCCUUUAUUAACCCCAUCACCGGGCACAUCGAGGAGCCCAUGCCCAACCCCAUGGAGGAGAUGACCGAGGAGCAGAAGGAGUACGAGGCGCAGAAGCUGGUCAACAUGUUCGACAAGCUGUCCAGACACCAGUUCAUCACCCCGAUGGGAAUGAAGCCGGACGGCACUCUGGCGCCCCUUCAGGAAGCAGUCAGCCAGUGCACCGUGGAAAGCUGCAGCUCCGAUUCAGACUAGCCCCGCCCACUACCUACAGGCCCCGCCCACUGCCCCGUUUGCCCCAGGUAUUCCAGACUGCCCCGGCCCCGCUGGUCCUCCAGGGGGAGCUGAUUUAGCCCCCAGCACUGCUUCUGGAUCAGCGUGAACAUGUAACUCUGACUUAGGGGGAAAGGACUUGGGCUGGCUGCACUGAUCCUGGAACUAUUGGGGGCUCAAAAUUCUGACAUUCCAGUGAGUCUGUAAGAAAAACAGGAAUUAAAUGUACUGACAGCAGUGGGAUCAGAAAUGGCACAUUAAACCACAGACAGGGUGUCAGUGAGCCCAGUCUGUGCUCUGAGAGACAUUAAACCACAGACAGGGUCAGUGAGCCCAGUCUGUGCUCUGAGAGACAUUAAACCACAGACAGGGUGUCAGUGAGCCCAGUCUGUGCUCUGAGAGACAUUAAACCACAGACAGGGUGUCAGUGAGCCCAGUCUGUGCUCUGAGAGACAUUAAACCACAGACGGGGUCAGUGAGCCCAGUCUGUGCUCUGAGAGACAUUAAACCACAGACAGGGUGUCAGUGAGCCCAGUCUGUGCUCUGAGAGACAUUAAACCACAGACAGGGUGUCAGUGAGCCCAGUCUGUGCUCUGAGAGACAUUAAACCACAGACAGGGUGUCAGUGAGCCCAGUCUGUGCUCUGAGAGACAUUAAACCACAGACGGGGUCAGUGAGCCCAGUCUGUGCUCUGAGAGACAUUAAACCACAGACAGGGUGUCAGUGAGCCCAGUCUGUGCUCUGAGAGACAUUAAACCACAGACAGGGUGUCAGUGAGCCCAGUCUGUGCUCUGAGAGACAUUAAACCACAGACAGGGUGUCAGUGAGCCCAGUCUGUGCUCUGAGAGACAUUAAACCACAGACGGGGUCAG